CUGCACGCGCUUUCCUUCUCCCCCCUCCUUCCCGGAAAUUUCCUAACCUCGGGCCGAAGGCAUGAACUAUAUAUAAAGUAUAUAAACACCCCCCGCUUAUGCCAUCCCCGUAAUCCUCCCAUGUCAUUCCACAACUAUCCCCACUUCCCCAGCGUAUAAUUACAACAAAGGUUCUCCUCACCCGCACUCCUCACUAAUAAUAAUAAUAAUAGUAAUUAGUUAGCAGCAGAAGCAGAAGCAGAAGCAGAAGCAGAAGCAGGAGAAUCGAAGAGAUGGAGGGGGUGUAUAACAGAAAGGAUCAGCAAAGCUCGUUUUGGCAGUUCAGCGACCAGCUGCGUUUGGAGACCACCGCCAACUUGUCUAAUCUCUCCCUCGGCGACAGCAUCUGGAGCGACUCCUCCUUCGCCAAACGGGCCGACGACCGCCGCAACUUCGACGGCCCGCUUUCCGCCCAAUCCUCCGAAUUCGGAUGGAAGCUGGGCCUCGCCCUUCCUCAGAAGCUCGCCACCGCCACCGCCACCGACAGGUACAGCUACAACCACAACCACAACCACAACGCCGCCGACAACAGCGCUUACAACAACUCUAGCAAGAAGGGAUUCGGCGAUGCUAGUAAUGGGAUAAAAAAUUGGAAUUAUUACAAUAAUAACAAUAACUACAGUAACGGAGAGAUCAAAAAUUAUUACUUCAAUAAGCACGGGAAUGGCGGCGGCAGGAAUGGAAUCGGGAACAAUAACGAUGGAAUCGGAGGGAGUGGGAAGAAGAAGGGCAGUAACGGGAAAAAUAACAGCGGCGGUAACGGGAAUAACGGAGCGGUGGAUAAGAGGUUUAAGACGCUGCCCCCCUCGGAAGCUCUGCCGAGGAAUGAGGCGGUGGGGGGUUACAUCUUCGUCUGCAACAACGAGACCAUGGAGGAGAAUCUUCAGAGGCAACUCUUUGGUCUUCCACCAAGGUAUAGAGACUCGGUCAGAGCAAUUACACCAGGGUUGCCGCUUUUCCUCUACAAUUACUCGACACACCAGCUCCACGGUAUUUUUGAGGCUACUAGCUUUGGAGGAACCAACAUUGAUCCAAUAGCUUGGGAGGACAAGAAAUGCCCCGGAGAGUCCCGUUUCCCCGCCCAGGUGAGAGUAAUGACGAGGAAGCUCUGUGAGCCGUUAGAGGAGGACGCUUUCCGGCCUAUUCUCCAUCACUACGACGGCCCUAAGUUCCGGCUCGAGCUCAAUGUUCAAGAGGCUCUAGCUCUUCUUGAUAUAUUUGCAGAACAAAAUGCAUGAGUUUUUUGCAUGAGCGACCUGGGCCUACUCUUGCAGUUACUACUUUUACUAAAAGAGAAUCAGAAGAGGAGGAAACAAUACAUAGCUGUAUAAAUUUUGUAUAGGAUUGUCGAAUAAACAUGGCUUGUCUUGUAAAAAUAUUUUGAGGUUUCACAACUAUAAUAUUGUGCCAUGUACGCGAGCACCGAAGCCCUGAAGCCCUGAUCACUGAGGCUAGAACUUGUGUGUUUGCGUGGAUAGAGGAAGUUCAUAUAUUAUCAAAUAGAAAACCACAUGAUAAGUAAUGCAAAAUGGUGGGAUUUGGACUUGGAUUGGUUGAUCUGAAGGGUUGUAAUUCUUAUCAGUUCAUUAGCCGUGCCGCCUAAUAAGAUAAUGCCUCAGUGGGCCGGGCUUGCAACGAAAAUUAGGGCCCAGCCCGUUGGGCUUGGUGGCCUACGUAAAUUGGGGCUUAGCUGUUUGAGGUUCGGUGGUCUACGCAAAUUGGGCCUGGGCCCGUUGGGCUUAAUCGUCCUUCCUAUCUCAGUCGAUGCUUCAACAAGCGUGACAAAUUACCUAAUUUAUUUCGAGGUUUCCUUUGAAAUCAUAUUCAAAUGUUACAAACAAAAAUCGACUUUGAAAA